UCAGACUUAAUAUUGUUCGAAGCACAUAAAGUAUUGAUAAUAAUGGAAGUCCUCCCGAAUGUCGACAAUCUUCUCGAUUUCGUCAAAAAGUUGGGAGUCGGUCGGCGACCUCUUGAUGAUCCUUUUUUCGAAAAUUCUCACAAAUACUGCAAAGUCCUUGAGCGCAAGGGAGUAACUAUCGAAGAUGACGAAAGACUCUGUCAUGAAAUGAUGGGAGAGUUCACCUGCAACGCGUGUAAUGCUACUUUUCAGAAUUUGCUGGAUUAUGAAUUGCACUAUCAUAAUUGUCAUCACUAUGUAUGUGCGAAAUGCAACAAGUGGAGGCCAACAGCCAGGCUGCUUGACAUUCAUGUUCAGGAAACACACGACAACUUUUUCCAAGUCCUUGCAGAACGACAACCAAUGUAUCAAUGUUUUGUAUCCGAAUGCGAGGAGAAAUUCAAAGAUCCAGCAGAGCGCAGGAAACACUGUCUAGAAGUUCAUGAAUUCCCUAAAAAUUAUAGAUAUGAUAAUUCAAAGUGUGCAAAAGCAACUAGGGAAAGUGAAAAAAAUGAAGAAAUGGAAACAGAUGCACCGGAAACGAGCAAAAAAACAAAGUCUAUUAUACAAUUUGGAAAUAAUCAUAAGCAAAAAACUUUUACAAAAUCAAUGGCAAAUGUUAAAGUAAAAGAAUCUACUAGUGCUCCUGAAGGUGAUGUCAAACCAAAGAUAACCAUGGCUCCUGUAACAAUGUUUAUUCCAAGGCAAGUUCAAAGAAAAUUAAAUGAAGAGAAGCAGAUCAACAUGAUGGAGUUGGAGGAAUCGUUGUCGAAAAUUGCUUGA